UUUGAGAGUUACUAUAAAACCCCGUCUUUCACGUACAUCAUUUUAAGACUCCUUCGAGAAUCAUCACACAUUAGUAUUGAACAUAUGGCUUUGGCAGUAUUAUCCACACCUCCGCCUACAUUUGCUCCGACCCCAAUCAUCUUUCCGCCCGAACAAAUCAAUGAGAUAUACACCUACGCGUCCUAUUCCAAAGAAGCCACCACUGACCUUGUCGAGAACGGCAAAGGUCAUUGGACGUUCUCGCUGGAUGUUCCCAUUCCAGACAAGAUGGUCUAUCCGACCCUCACUUAUCUUGAAUAUACCGUUAAAUACGGCAUCAUGAUAACAAACAAGCAGGGCACAUCUACAAUGCGGACAAGAAUAAUGCUCACCAAGGUCCCUGGCUCUAGCUUAGACGCCAAACCCACAUCCAUUUCUAAUGGGCAUGCUCUCGGAAUGAAUGGCAAUGGCAAUGGCAACGGGGUAGGAUUGGCUCCACAUACGCUCCAAGUCCCGCCCACCUUGUGCCUUUCGUCCACGCCAGCCGUCAAGGAGAACUUUCGUACUAGUCAGUGGAACCACUACCUCGAUCAACAACAACUCCUCCCUCAUAUCCGUAUCAUCGACAACAGCCGCCUGCACUUGGAGUUGCAUGUCACUGAAAAUCCCACCCCUCUUGUACUACGCUCCCUCGUCAUAAACGUGUCCGCCACUUGGGCUGAAGAUAUGCAAGCAAAAAUCUUGCAUGACGAGAUCGAAGUAGCUGACAUGAAGACAGCGUCCGCGCAGAAGAAGAUGGCAGAGGAUAAUCAAGCGAGGUUACAGGCCGAAAGCAAGUCUAAUACGGCUAUAAUGGCGAAAGAUUCAGCCGAAAAGAAAGAGGAGGCAGCUAAGCAGAAGUCACAAGACGAUCAGCUGGCAAAGAAGCAUGCGGAUGAUGAGGCAAACGAACAUAGGGAUGCAAAGAAACGUGCGGAAUCCGGACUUUAGACCAGAUUGUUUGGAAUAAGAUACAAUGUAACAUACCUGCGUGCUGCUCGAGACUUGUCAUAAUGUAGCAGUCACUGAUCAGUAAAUUGAUGCAUCGAUGAGAUAUUAAUUUUUCGAGAUGCAA